AUGCGCGUGAGCGCCGCGAUGGGCGGAGGAGCGGGGAGCGCGGAGGAAAUGUCUCUGGAGCAGCUGAUGGGUGUGAGCCGAUGGUGCGUGCUGCGCGCCGUGGAGGUCGAGGUGACGGCUAGAGUGGCGGAAAGGCUUGAGGAGAUGGAGGAGAGAAAGAGAGAGGAAGAGAGGGAGAGGGAAGAGAAGCGGGAGAGAGUGCAGAGAGGACGAGAGGAGGAGGGUGGGAGAGGAAGAAAGGAAGAUAGAGAGACAGAGUGUGCGAGCGGAGGAAAGGGAGAGGGUGAGAGAGGAAGAGAGGAAGAGGAUGAGGGAGGAAGAGAGACAGAGUGUGCGAGCGGAGGAAAGGGAGAGGGUGAGAGAGGAAGAGAGGGAGAGGGUGAGAUUGGAAGAAAGGGAGAAGCGUUGACAGAGGCAGCGAGGGCGGUGGCAGAGAUGAAGGAGGGAGUUGAGGCGAACGUGCGGGAGGUGCUGCUGCGGGCGGCGCUGUUUGGCUGCUUCCUAGAGGACGAGACGCCCUUUCAAGCUGCUGCUGGAGGCAGUGCCGGGCACAAGCAAGCUCGCAUGGCGGAUGGUUCUGCUGCUGCGCACCGCAUGAGGGAGCACCUGGAAACCCUUCCAGCCUAUGCAGAGGAGGCGAGAGGGAAGGCCCGCGAGGUGAGGAGGAAAGUGCGUGGUCUGUGGAAGAGACACGUGCUGGGUGGUGGGGCGAUGCAGGCUGACGUGGAGAGGGAGGAGGAAGAGAGGAGAGAAGAGGACGGGGAGGAGGAGGAGGAGGAGGAGGAGGAGGAGGAGGAGGAGGAGGAGGAGGAGGAAGAGGAGGGGGAUCAGGAAGAGGAGGAAGGGGAGGAAGAGCAGGAAGAGCAGGAAGAGGAGGAAGAGGAGGAAGAGGAGGAAGGGGAGGAAGAGGAGGAAGAGCAGGAAGAGGAGGAAGAGGAGGAAGAGGAGGAAGAGCAGGAAGAGGAGGAAGAGCAGGAAGAGGAGGAAGAGCAGGAAGAGGAGGAAGAGCAGGAAGAGGAGGAAGAGGAGGAAGAGAAGGAAGAGCAGGAAGAGGAGGAAGAGCAGGAAGAGGAGGAAGAGCAUGAAGAGGAGGAAGUGUUAUAG